UUCAUUCAUUCAUUUUCAAAACAGCUUGAUGGUUCCCAGGCAUUCUAUAUUAGUAGUAUUUUCUUCCACGGCAUGGCCACCUCGCCAAUGGUUCCCAGUAAAAAACGCUCAUCAACUCUCCUUCUCCCUUGACCUUUUUCUCGUAGAACUUGAGGGAAGGUCAAUUUUAUUUUUGUAUAUUUCUGUUUCGUGUAAAAAAGAAGAUAUCUCAAUACCCGCGUUUUUUUCGUUUUGUAGCUGGCCAUGUUGUUGAGUUGUUCCUCUAACUUUGUUAAUGUUUAAGGACAGAAUAGUUGGGGCCUAAAUCCAUUUGUUCUGUUUUCAUUUUUGGCAUGCUAGCAGCUUGAGAAGAUGAAGGUCAAUAAGAAGCAGCUCAAGGGGUCAUCUUCUUCCAAGAAAAACAAAGGGGCAAAGGAUAAGGGUUGUUUGGCGCUAAUCAGGAAGAAGGCUAAAGGCGGAGGUGUAAAGAGGGAGCGUUCCACAGUUGACAAGAAUUCGUUGGCGAUGACGAGAGCACAAAUGAUUCAAGCACAGCUUGCACCGGGAUUUCCUAGUCUAGUCAAGUUCAUGCUGCAUUCUCAUGUUACAGGAGGAUAUUGGCUGGGCUUGCCAAAAUCAUUCUGUACUCAUUUGCCAAAGCAUGAUGCAACUAUUAUUUUGGUGGAUGGGGACGACAAAGAAUGGGAGACGAAGUACCUCGUUGAAAAGUCGGGCUUCAGCGGUGGAUGGCGAGGCUUCUCCAUUGCCCACAAUUUGAUCCCCGGGGAUGUCUUAGUUUUUCAACGUGUAGAGUCUUGCAAGUUUCAGGUAUACAUUGUCAGGGAAAAUGACUCAACUGACGAUGACUUCGUCGCCAUUAGUCUUUUGAAUCUAAGACAUCAACCACUUGCAAUAGAAAAACAGCAGUCAUUCCCGGAACUGACAAGCCGAGGCGAGGCCAAAGUGAGCGAGGAGUCAUCAAUAUCAGAACAUGGCCCUACACCAUCACACGUAUCUGAUAACGCCUCCAAUGAAGAUGAAGAUGGUAAUGGUGGUCUCAGAUUGGCAGACUCUGCACCUGACUUUUCUCAGGCAAAAGAUUUCAAGAGCUUCUGCAUCUUUGCCAAUGGUUUGAUAAUUGAUUCAGAGAUCCCACGAGACCUGAGGGCCAAGUACUAUCAGCUCUGCCAAACCCAAAAUGCAUAUCUUCAUCAACACCUCAUAGAAGGCCUCAACUAUAAGCUCAUUGCUGGCAUCAUCUCAGAGACCGUAAACAUAGCAGAUGCCAUCAGAGUUUCCAAGCUCACAAUGACUCCCGGCUGCCAUCAUUUGGAAGCAUGGGACACUACCCUCAAAGGGUUCGAGUGUUUAGGCAUGGGAGUCCAGUUCUUGCGUGAGAGACUAGAAAAGCUCAUUAGUUUAUCGUAUGAGUCGUCAGAGGAUGCCGCGUCGAAGAGAAGAGAACGACGCGCUGUUUUAAAAGAUGAGCUGAAGGAUCUCAGAAGCAAGAUGUCAAAGAUGAAAGAGGCAAUGCAGAGCUUGGAUGAUGAGAUAGAGCUGUACAGCCAGAAAGAUAGGGUAGAGAUGAUGUUCAGAGAUGUGGCCACUGCUCCAUGGUGAUUCUCUCUGUGAUGUCUUUCUUGGUAGUGUAUAUUUUUUGUUAGGAAUGGCUUCUCAUUUUGACCCUCCCUUGCAGUAUUAGAUAGCUGUUAGUUCCUGGGAAGCUUGUGUACUAUUAUGUGUACUGCUGUAUCUUAUUAGUUUUUGUGUAUACUUGGUGUAGUAUAUUUUUUGUAUAUCCUAUCGAUUGCUUUUUUGCUUUGUGCCUGUUAAGGUAUAGGCAUGUUCAUAAAUAUAACCUUUGAAACUUUGUGUUGUGCUUUUUUUUUAACUU